CAAAUUCAAGAUGGCGUCCGUAUUUCGUCCAUGUGUCUCUCAAAGUCUUUCAUUUACUCGUUUUCUUUCGCCGAUUAUUGUUACUACGAGGACGCUAGCUUCACAAAAGGUCUCAGCCGCGUUAGAUAAAGCAAGGAACUAUGAAGAUAAUGUGUAUUUAUUGAACUACAGACCCCCUCCUUCGCAUUCAUUCACCGAAGCUCUGGCAGUGCUUCGUGCUUACGCUCUCAGUAACUUUGAUGAGACCGUGGAAUUACACUUGAAGAUUAACAUGGGAGAAAAAAAGAAUAAGGUACAAGCAUUUCGAGGAAUUGUCAUGUUACCAAAACCAUAUGGGCUUCAGAAGACUCUCUUGGUUUUUGCUGAGGGAGAUGCCGCAGUUGCUGCAAAAGAAGGAGGGGCUGAUAUAGUUGGUGGGCAAGAAUUAUUUGAACAAAUUAAAAAAGGAGGACUUAAGUUUGAUCAGUGUCUCUCUACCAUGGAAAUGAUAGAUAGAGUCAAAUCCUUACAAAGAAUAUUAAGAGAAAAGAUGCCAACAACAAGGAGAGGUACAGCUACAGAUGAUAUCGUAACAGCUAUCAAAACUUAUAAACAAGGUCAUUCCUACAAAUGUGAUAAAAAUGGAUUUCUUAAUGUUGGGAUAGGCAAGCUAAGUUUCCAAGAUCAAGAAAUCAAAAACAAUGCAACAUCUUUAAUACAAGCUGUACAUUCUCAUAAAAUCAGCAGUAAAGGCAAAUUCAUCACAAGAAUAAUGAUGUCAUCUACUCRCGGGCCUGGUUUACUACUUCAUCUAAAUGAACUAGAACCAUAAGCAUUAUGGCAUUCCAUGUAACACUUUUGCCCUAUAACCUGUAUAAUAAUUCCCAAAUUAUUAAAAUAUUUACUAUCAGAAUUAUUUUUUUCUGACAGCCCUUGGUAGAUUAUUGACUGUCUUACUAAUGAUCAAUCAAAAGCACAAAACAAUUUGAGUGGAGACUCCGGGGGAAAAAAGAAUAAUUACGAUUUCUCGCGCGCUGAUUGGCUAAUUUUUAUCUUGAAUAAGAGGACAGACAAUAAUCUUACGUCAACGAGAGCGCGCUCUUUCCGUUGGUUGUUUUGAUCGGCGACUGUCUUGAUCGGCUAAAAACGAGAAGUUUUUUUUUUGUUAUUGUAAAAAGAAAAUUGCAUCAUGUUUUUGGUGUGUCUGUCCCCUUAUUGACAAUAAAUUUCGUCAUAUCAUAAUAAUAAUAAUAAUAGUGCAUUUAUAUAGCGCAUAUCCAAAUGAAUGCUCUAUGCGCUAUAAUAAUCAGAAUAACAAUAAUAAUCAAAAACUAAUGAUAACUAAAAAUCAAAAUAGUUUUUAAACAGAUGAGUUUUAAGUUGCGACUUGAAUUCAAGGACAGUUUGACAGGAUCUUAAAGAUAGAGGUAGAGUUCCAGAGUUCAGGUGCAGCAAAAGAGAAGGAUCGUCCACCAUUGUAAAUUGGUAUUUUUAAGAGAAGAGAGUUUGAAGAACGGAGAAGUCUUGAAGGUUUGUAGGAAGUAAUCAUACUCUUUAUGUAGGUUGGAGACUGAUGUUGAAGAGCUUUAAAAGUGAUUAAUAGAAUCUUGUAUUUUAUACGUUCUGAUACAGGUAGCCAGUGAAGAUUCUUUAAAAUUGGAGUCAUAUGGUCGUGUUUUCUGGAGAGAGUUAGCAGUCGGGCAGCAGCAUUUUGAAUAGAUUGGACCUUGUCAAUAAAACAUUUAGGAAGAUUAAACAAAAGAGAGUUACAAUUGUCAAUUUUCAAUGUUAUGAAAGCAUGAAUCAGUUUCUCAGUGGUAGUGAAAGAAAGAAAUCUUCGUAUUCUGGAAUAUUCUUGAGAUGGUAGAAAGCAGACUUUGAUAGUUGUUUGAUUUGACGAGCCAUGGAAAGAGUUGAGUCAAACAUUACACCAAUGUUUCUUGUAAGGGGGGAAGGAGAAAUAAUAUCAGAACUAAAUUGGAUUGGAGGAAAGGAUAUUUGAUUGUUGAAUUUUGAAAAGAAGUAAAGAAGUUCAGUUUUAUCUUU